AUGGCUCUAUUUUAUUCAAAGCCGGCAAAAGGUUUAGACAAAGAGACUUUAUUUCCCUUAUUUGUUUUGUUCUAUGCAUGGAUUACUUGUUUAAAAAUCUUAAGAACACUGAUCAGUCUUUCUCUUUCCAUAAAAGGGUGCAAAUCUUCAAACAUCAAUCAUCUUAUGUUUGCUGAUGGUUUUCUCUUGUUCUGUCAUGGUAAUAUGGAGUCCAUAAACUUUCUAAACCAAAAUCUCUUUCAUUUCAAAGACUCUUCUGGGCUAGAAAUUAACCCUAACAAAAGCCAAGUUUUCUUCUGUAAUGUCAAUAAUACUGUUAAAGAUAUGAUCAUGAGUACCUUACGGUUUAAAGAAGGCAUUCUCCCCUUAAGAUACCUAGGAAUCCCUCUGAUUACCACCACAUUGUCUAAGCUUCAGUUAAUUCAGUCUGUCAUGCUAAGUAUGCAUGUUUUCGGGGCUGUUAUCAUGAUUCUGCCUUACUCUGUUAUUAAGAGUAUUCAAAGCAUUUGUUCUAGAUUCUUGUGGAAUGGGACUUCGGAGGGGAAAUACAGUACUUUAAUUUCUUGGAAUGAUGUCAAGUGGAUUAAGAACAACAAGCUUACAACGAAUAGCUACUGGGGUGCUAAAGCUAAUUACAGUUCUUGUUGGAUCUGGAGAGGCCUGAUUGGGAUCAAAGAUAAAAUUCAGAGGGUUAUGUCUUGUAAGAUUGGCGAUGAGCCAAAUACUGUUUUCUGGAGUGAUCUUUGUAUUAAUGGGUGUACUAUGAUAGAAAAAUUCCCCACAAUAAAGAUGAGGGAGGCAGAUUUCAACAAGUUUGCUAGAGUUGUUGAUGUCUUCAGACUUAACAGAUGGGUUCUUCCCGAUCCCAUGGAUUCGGCAAUAGAGGAAGCUUGGGAGUAUAAUAGAGAUAACUUCAAGCUGCAAAGUAAUACCCCUGAUAAAAUUGAGUGA